AUGGAGGAGGUCAUCGCAGCGCUGGAAGGGGUCACAUUUGCCUUUGAGCAGGAUGUGGAAUUGCAGAAGGGCACUGGGCUCCUGCCAUUCCAGGGCAUGGACAAGUCCAACUCAGCUGUGUGCAACUUCUUCGCUAAAGGGCUCUGUGAGAAAGGGACGCUGUGCCCGCUUCGGCACGAGAAGGGCGAGAAGAUAGUGGUGUGCAAACAUUGGCUUCGAGGGCUCUGCCGAAAGGGUGACUGCUGCAACUUCCUGCAUCAGUAUGACAUCGACAGGAUGCCUGUGUGCUACUUCCACUCAAAGUUUGGGAACUGCAGCAACAAGGACUGCUCCUUCCUCCACGUGAAGCCAGCUCCCAAUGCCCAGGACUGCCCUUGGUAUGACCGAGGGUUCUGCAAGGAUGGUCCCCUGUGUAAAUACCACCAUGUCCAUCAAGUAAUGUGCCUCAACUACUUCACCGGCUUCUGCCCCAAGGGACCCAAGUGCCAAUUUGGGCACCCCAAGAUGAGCCAGGUACUCCACCCCAGUAAUGUCAAGAAGGCACAUGCCCUGCGUCCUGGGCAUCUGAGCAUAGAGUAG